AUGAAAACAGCCCAACCACCAGUUUGGGAGAGCAAGCCUUUUGUAGACACCUGGAAUGUGACAGACCUGGGCUCCCUGAGGUGCAAUGUCGUACUGAACCUGAAAAUAUUCCAUAUGAUUGGAAGCCCAUUAGCUAAAGCAAGAGGGCGGACCAUGACAGGAAGUCCCUGUAAUGGUGGCCUACCCUAGAACUUCAGUUUGCAAACUCAUCUAGAAAAAAAUGGCCAUGACUUUAACUGCUACAUUCCAGAUAAGGACUUCAGUGGAUGAGCUGUCACAGAGUGGGAGCACUGGAGACCUCAGUGGGCCUGCAACUGGGAUGCAAAAAAAGUCUGCAGAAGAAAAUCCAGGAAACUCAUUACCAAAAUGGGGGAUAUUUCAGCAAAUGGUGUUGAACAUUUGGCCAGAGUUUCCUUUGAAAAAAGCAAAGCUUUUAUGAGGGAAACAAUUGCGUAAGAAAUGAAAGCAGACCAAAGGGCCUUUGGGGGAUACUAUUUAUACCCCAACUGUCAUAAUUACAAUUUCCGUGAUCAGAACUACACUGGUUCCUGUCCAAAGAGUGAAGUUAUGAGGAACAAUGAACUUUCCUGGCUCUGGGAUAGCAGUGCAGCCCUGUAUCCUUCCAUUGACAUCAAGAAACCCCUGGGAAACAGUCGAAGUAUUUUACACUUUUCUCAGUUUAGGCUGAAUGAAUCCAUAAAAAUUUCCUUCAUGACAUCCCAAGAUUAUGCUUUGCUUGUAUUUGUGUACACUUGACUAGGUUAUAGAGAUGAACCUUUAUUAUUUCUCUCUAUGGUAAGCUUUUGCUGGAACAAUGUGGGCUGCAUUUAUGCUUUACCCGUUCUUGCAGAUGGUGCAUCAGGAUGGAAAACCUCCUACUUGGGCCAGCUCUGCUGGUUCAUGUUAAUUGUCCACAUGCUUUAA